GUUUUCUACCAAACGAAACUUAAAGUGCCAAAAGAUAAAGGAAGGGCAACUAUUUGACAGCCAUGUGAUUUUCUUUAUUCCACAGCUCUUAUUCCACAGCUCUCACUCUUCAUUUAAACACAGUGAUACAGUGUUGCUUAUUUGUUUAGAACAAACUACUUCUCACCAUUCUUAGUUUGCUGCCAUGACAUCAAAAGAGGAUGCUGCUGAGUUUGUGGAUAGACACAGGGCUGAGCUCAUCCAGAGGGUUCGCAAGGUGAUGCCCAUAGCAGAUGAUCUGCUCAGAAGGGGCAUGAUCCAAUAUGAAAUGUUUGCUAAUAUUUCAACUUCCAAGACCAACCCAGGCAAGAUGAGAGAGGUGUACAAAGCAUUGCAGUCAGGAGGGACACCACUUAAAGCAGCCUUCUAUAGGAUUCUGCUGAAAAAUGAACGUCUUCUGAUCAUCAAUCUGGGUCCUGCAUUACCUCCUGCCUCCAAUAUAUUUCCUGGGACAGGAGGAAAACCUGCUGCACUUGCAUCAGACGAGGAAUCGGUUGGAAAGAUCAGAUACUACACCAAAAACCCUCUUGGAAAAGGUGCCGAUGGAAUUGUGUUCAGGGGUUACUUCCAUUGUGAUGAUGUCAACAAGCGUCCUGCGGCAGUGAAGAGAAUUGAACUAGCAAAACAAAGCAAUGCUGAUCGAGAGGUCGCUUUGCUUUUUCAAUUGGACGACAAUCCCCAUGUCGUCCGCUACUUCUGCACUGAGAAGGACGGGCAAUUCCUAUACAUUGCCAUCGAGCUGUGUGCCGUCUCUUUAGAUAAGUGUUUUACUAAAGAAAAUCCUUUUGACCUUCGUGGACUGAACCCAGUGAUGCUGCUGCAGCAGACCAUGAUAGGACUGGAACACCUGCACUCUCACAACAUAGUCCACCGUGAUGUGAAGCCCCACAACAUCCUGUUGAAAGACCAUUCUGACUCAGUCACGGUCAAGAUCUCAGACUUUGGGAUGAGUAAGCAGUUAGCGGACGGCAGACAAAGCUACAGCAUGAGGUCUGGAGCCCUUGGCACCAUGGGCUGGAAUGCCCCAGAGGUCCUGGAUGACAGCAGGAAAGUAAACCCUACCAGUGCUGUGGACAUCUUCUCUGCCGGCUGUGUGUUUUACUAUGUGUUGACAGGAGGCAAACAUCCCUUUGGAAAACCCUAUCGGCAGACUGCUAAUAUCAUGGAUGGCAAAUACAACCUUAACGGAUUACAGAAAGACAAACAUGAGGACAUCGUGGCCACAGACCUGAUAGAACAGAUGCUGAGCAUGGAGCCCCAGAGGAGGCCUUCUGCUGAGAGCGUGCUCAAACACCCCUUCUUCUGGAACCUGGAGAAACAACUGAUGUUCUUCCAGGACGUGAGUGACAGAAUUGUAAAUGAGACAUCGGAUGGUCCAAUCAUACAGCAGCUAGAGUCAGGGGGACAGGAAGUGGUGAGGAAUAACUGGAUGGAACACAUCACAGCAGUUCUGCAGAAAGAUUUAGAAAUACGUAAAGGAGCAUAUGAAGAGGGCUCUGUUAAAAGUCUUCUACGUGCCAUAAGAAACAAGAAACACCAUUACCAUGAUUCUCCUAAGGAGGUCCAGGAGACUCUGGGCUCCAUCCCUGAUGACUUUGUCUCCUACUUCACCUCCCGCUUCCCCCACCUGCUGCAGCACACCUUCCUCGCCGUGCGUUCCUUUGCUGAGGAGCUGACUUUACAACACUACUACCUCGAGUCCAACACGAAACUUAGACGGCAGGAGAGAACACACCCAGAGCCUGACGUGACGACAACCAAGCCAACAACUAAAAAAAUGUGACCAUAGUGUGAAGUCAGGCGCUCCGCUGAGAAGUACUCCAUCCCACACCAGCAAACCUCCAAUCUAUAUAUUAUAUUCCAAAUCACGUAAAAAAUGUAUCUGAUGAUUUAUGCAUACGUACAUUGGAUGGUGCCCUCAUUGAUUAUGUCUCCAACUAAUCAAUAUCUAGGCAUCUGGAUUGAUGAUAGUCUGUCCUUCAAAAAGAAUGUUGAUGAGUUCGUUAAAGGUGCAAUAUGCAGAAAUCACUCUGCCAUUCCUGGUUUCUUAAAUUGCAAUAGUUUGCCUAAUUUCAGUUUGUGACAAAACAAGUAAUAUACUGUAUAGUGUAGAGAAUCAUUGCACCAUCUAAACUGUGGUGAAAUAUCUCUUCAAUAGUAAGAAUAUUGUAUUUCCAGGUGUUUGAAGCUGGUGUACAAAACUGAAUGUAAAAGGAGUAAAAAUGAAACUAAAGAACGGGAAGCAUAUAAAUAGUGCACAUAGAACAUCUACAGCUUGUUAGACUUGCUGUCAAUGGGAAUGACAGAUCGAUAAUUCACAUUUCUAUGUGAAUUUGGUCAGGUCGCCCAAAAAGUUACAUAUUGCAGGUUUAAAACGUGAAGGUAGUCUGAAAUGUGUAUGAUUAUCUUGUAUUCUUUGUUUAUUGAAGAGGGUUCUGUUCAUUUCCUGGUCUGAGAAUUGAUGGGCAAGCAGUGGUGCGUUCGACUGCAUAGUUAUUGAAUGGGACAAGUAAUGGGGUAGUAGCUUAUCCCGGGGGAUGUACAUGUUUAUAUCCCAGGUUGUAUUCAUGCUUAAAGCAGGGGAAGCCCCUUUAUUGAUAUGUGUGCAUGUAUACUGUAUGUUCAAGUAUGUUUAUGAUCUGAAGACAUUUAUAUUGUAAUUCAUGUCUUUUGAAUGUUGAUUGAGUGUGUGAAAUGCCUUGUUUUUAUUGGUUAAAUGCAUUAUGGGUAGGGGUAUAAGAACCCUGUAUUCUCAUGGAUUUAGAGACAGACAGGGUAAGGUCUAUUUAUUUGAUUGUGUAAAUAAUUGUACAGUUUGCCGGCUCUUUAUCCUCACUUUGCAAAUAAAAGCCUCACUGAGCAGGAAAAAUCA